CUUGUGUCAACAAAGACGGUGAAGCACACGGUGGAGGAAUGGAACAGAUACAGGAACGAAUGCCUGCUGAGAAUGAGCACGGACCCCACACACCCAGGUAAGACUCAAAGACAGACACCUGUCCUACAUGUAUGUGUCCUAAUCAGGCACACCCAGUUAUGGGUUUAUAAAUAGAAUAGAAUAACAUUGAAAACGUUAUUGUCUACAGUAGACAGUGGAAAUAUGCAUUUGGCUUCACAAUUAUGAUAAAACACCAGGAGCUUCAUCACCCUUCUCCUUUCCCUCAAACAAAUAUAUAUUUCAGAGUCCACAGAAUCUACCCAAUUCUUAGAAUAAGUAACAUGAGUCAGGCUUCGACUUAACGUCUGACCCAAAGGACUGCAUCCAUUGCAGGGCAGUAUCCUCAUCAUUACUACUGUUUUCCCAGGGGGUCUUCAUCCAAACACUAAACAGUCUCUAUCCUGCUUAGCUUCAGACAAAAUCUUAGGGAUUCAGGGUCUGCUUACUACUUACUUACUUACUUACUUACUACUUACUUACUUACUUACUUACUUACUUACCCUACCUACCUACCUACCUACCUACCUACCUACCUACCUACCUACCUACCUACCUACCUACCUACCUACCUACUUACUUACUUACUGCUUGCUUACUACUUACUUACUGCUUACUUAAUUAGCUACUGCUUACUUACUUACUUACGACUUACUUAUAUCUUCUCUUCUCCCCCCAGGCUUGUUCUGCGGCCGCAUGUUUGACAUGUACGCCUGCUGGCCGGAGGGCGUCCCCAACACCACUGUCAAAGUGCCCUGUCCGUGGUACCUCCCCUGGUACAACCAAGGUACUGGUGUGGCAUUGGUUAGUGCUUUAUGGUUUGGUAGGAUAAUUGAGAUUCUGUUUCAUCCAACGUCCAGCAAGGAGGUUAAUGAUAACACUGUUUCUAUCUAAAGCAGUGCAGAAUCAGGCCCCCAGUGUCUGAUCUGGAGCGUGAAAUCACGAGCACUGCUGGUCGGCUACUGCGUACUAACUUAGCAGUGCCAAAAGCCCUGGGGCCUCAUUUUUAACCGUGCGCCAUUUCUGAAAGUCUGCGCACAUACAAAAAUAUUGAGAUUUAUAAACUUGACGCACGCAAUACAUAUGCAUGUAUCCCAUUAUAAAUCAGCCCUGUCGUAAAACUGUGGAUGCGUGAACGAGCAUUAAAACUUUGCCUGGAAAACGCUUCAUUCACCUUUUAUGGUGACAAUAACGCCCUUUAUUUGUUGUAAAAUGUGGAACUAUUGGCAUUAGACCACGGCAUGCAAAAGACAAAUUGUUGUUCAAUAGUUUAUCAAUAGAUUAUUGGGUUUUGGUUGUCCUGCCUUGGUAUAGACUCUGAGAUUAAAUAGGCAAUGAUGUCGCGCUCCAAUCGCACAGCAAUACUGUAACCUACCCAUACUGUCAAAUAUUUUACAUCAACUACCGGUCUAUUUAAUGUGUUGGCAGAAUGUUUGAAUCUUUAGCAGUAAUGUAUGCUGUAUCUGGAACAGGACUGUUUCCGUUUCUUAAAGAGAAAUCUAUGGCAAAUUGUCAUGGACCUGUCAGCAGAACGUUUGAAUUCAACAAUGUUUUAUAUAAACUUUUCCCCUAACCUAAAUAUGAUGGACUGCCCGCGCUUUCUGAAACAUUGUAGGGCUACUAAAAUGUUUUAAUUACAAUACUUACAGUUCUAUUUCUUGUGUGUUUUUGUUCUAUUUGGCUUUUUUAUUUAUUAUAGUACUACUGAUACUCAUCACUACAUUGUUGGGAAAGAGCAAGCAAGGCAUUUCACUGUACUUGUGCAAGUGACAAUUAAAAUGUGAAACUUGAUUCAUAGGCCUACUUCAAUGUAAAAGAUCAGCUGUUAAAUUCGACUGUAGCCUAUACCGGUAUUAUAAACUGCGCUGCCGAUGAUAUUGCAAAACUUGAAAUACAUAUGGCCUAUCUACUUACUAGGCUACUAGGUCCAAUUAAAUGAUAGUAUGCACAUGGUAAUUUGUUGUAUGGCUCCUUCGGGAAUAUUAACCCUUCAAGGCCAGAAAAGUGAGGAAUAUAUUCUGCAAUGGUUCUGAAAAUAAAAGAGGAAAAAUAUUUCUGUCUAAUUAUAAGAUUCCUAUGUCAAAUUAUUUUAGACUAAAAAAAUCUAACAUAGAUUUUUGCUCUUCUCACUAAUGGAAAAGGGUUGCAUUCUUGUUAAUAUGUUUUCCUUUUUUUAGUUUUUUAUGAAUAAGCUUUUCAUCAUAUUCCCCAUUUGCACAAAAUACUUACUUGCCAACUUACAAUACAAUAUCUCAACCACUAGCAGAUGUGCGUAUGCAUGGUCUAAAGUUUGCGGGAAGGUGAACACAUUCUCAUGUCAAGUUAAAUUUGAGCAAAUGCCAACGUUUAAAGUCCACUACAAAUCGAGAUAUUUCAUUAAAUAGUGAUCCAUUCUGACUACUACAUUUGUCGUCACACAGGACCACGUGCUGACACAGACCAAUCACGGGCCGGCAGGCAAUGAGGAGGCUCCUUGUUGCCACUUUCACCAUGAUCCUAAGCAAUUUUGUGGCGCCAUUCAGUCCCAUUCAGCAAUAUGGUGCACUUCAAAUUCAAAUAAUUCCGGCUUCAUGCGCCAUUGGGAGUUUUCCAUAGGACACGUGGAUGACGUCAGCGCUAUCACUAUCUGCUGGUUUUAAUGUCUAUGUGCAGAAUUGAAUAUGUCUCAUCUGUUUGCCUUCUUCCUUUUUCUCUCCCUCCCCAUGUCUGUGCAGUUCGUAAUGGUUAUGUGUUGCGGGAGUGUGGGCCUGAUGGCCAGUGGGCCAUUAACAACACCAGUAGCACCUGGAGGGACCACUCCCAGUGCAACGCAGACAACAACCAGCAGGUGGCACAGGUAAUACCCAUCAUGCACCAUUCCUGAAGUAGACCCUCUUCUCAGAGCACAUAAUAACAUGCAUGGCUAAGAGGAGGACAAGAGACUGGCUCUGCAGGGAAGAUGGCAGAAGUGGAUGCUGAGUUCGAAUUAAGCAGCAUGUCGAGCAAAUUUGGUGAAGACAGUAAUAUCGAAAACUGGAAUAAAAAGGAUAUUGUCUAAAAUUGGAGUGGAAGAUACGUGUGUAAAUUAUAAUGAAUUGCUUCUUGUUGGGAUGAUUUUGUUGAGUAAGGAUGCAUAUGUGGGAAACACGAUUGAGGUGUCAAAAAUGGUGAAGUAUGUACGCUUGGAAAAGUGGAGUCUGUCAGAGUGACCAGGAAUGAUCUUAUUUUGGUUAAUUGUAUUUCUGAAGAGCAGAGGAAAAUUGCAGUGGGCCUCAAAAGAAUCCGGACAACAGAAGUUUUGUGUUUUGAACUUCGGAGUAGAACACACAUCAAAGGAGUCAUCUCAGGUGUGAUGACGGAUGUUCAGGUUGAAUACCUGAAGAGAAUUCCUGGUGUGGUUGGUGCCCGGUGUCUGACCCGUUGGGUGAAUGGAGGAAAGAAGAAAGUCUGUCGGUCCUGUUGUUUUUUGAUAGAGCAAUACCUACGCAUGUGAAGCUUGGUUAUGUAAGAAACGCCGUAAGAGCUUUCGUCCCCAAACCACUGCAGUGUAAGAAAUGGAAAGGAUUUGGCCAUGUUUCAAGUGUGUGCAGACGAACAGAGUAUACUGAAGAACGGUGUGUAGAAGGAUGACGGUGUUGCAAUUUUGGUGGGGAUCAUGAUCCUGAGUUCCUGGAGUGCCCUGUAAGGGUGAAGGAAAUUGAGGUGGCAAAAGUUAGAGCAGUCAAUCGGAUCUCCUAUGCGGAAGCGAUUAAAAUAAUUGAGAAAACAAGUGAUGCUAGUGAAGAGAUGGUAGUGGAUACACCACAGCCUGUAGUAAAUGUUUGCUGCCAGACAAAAGAUACCCUGUGUGUUAAAAAGGUGGACUUUGUUGCGUUCAUUGCCACAGUUAUAAACUGUACAGCAGUCUAAAAAAAGUAGAAGAAACUAGACAUUAUUGUGGCUGCUGCAGAAACGUUUUUGGGACUCAAGGAUUUUACAUCUGAAAGGGGUACUGGCGCCGGAAGACCGCUCUCCCAGGUUCCCCUUGAGCCUGUGUAGGGAUCAGAUCUGUUUUAUUUAUUUAUUUAUUUUUAACAGAAAAGUUGUUUGAUUUAGUUUAUUUUAUUGAUUCAUUUUUUGGUCGUUUUUUGGUAGUUCGGUUUUUUUGAGGAAUCCUGUUUCCAUCCUGCAUAUUAGGUGGCGGGAUGCACAUUAAAUUGUGUAAUCGCCAAUAUACCAUAGAAGAAGAAGAAGAAGAAGAAGAAGAAGAAGAAGAAGAAGAAGAAGAAGAAGAAGAAGAGACUUUCAAAUGGUUAAUGCUUUUAAUUACUGAAUUUGACUUUUAGAAAACUACACCCGUAGUCUUAAUAGACCCUCCAAGUACUGACAGAUGCUUUGAGAGGUAAACUAAUUUAUAGCCAAAUAGCCAUUCAAAAAGCAAGGAGUAAUAGAGUAGGUAUUCCAAUGGCAUACCACCUGUACGGGACAUAGAAAUGCAAUUACUAGAAUGGCCAUCCUUUUACGAUAAUGCCCGAAUGCUCUGAUUGCUUAUGAAUGUUGAGGUGGGCUAGCAGCAGCAGCAGUUGCUGUGCCCUAAUGAUGACUUCCACUAAUCCCUAUCAAUAUGCGCAACUCACGUCCUCCUUACCCUCUCUUAAUUUCACAUCUAAUGCUGCACCCCAUUACGAGCUCAGUAAUGAAUGGCCCAUUCACUACAUAAAUACAUGUAUAAAAUAUGUCAUUACUUAGUCUGUACUACAUACAGGGUUAUAGAUCUGCCAGGCUACAGAGUGUGAGGGGUGAGCUCUGAGAGACACACAGUCUUCUCUUUAACCUAGGGGUUAUGUUGUUGCUGGCAACCGAUGAUGCAACACUGCUUUGCCUCAUUGGCCCCACAGCUGAAAUGUACUCCAGUCUGCAGACUCUCUGAUGAUAAGAAAAAUAGGUGGGUAAAUGCUGAUCGCCGUUCGCAGCCAUUUGCAGUGAAUAAAAUAACUCUCCCUAUAUUUCCAAAGCAUUUUUCCAUGAUAGGUGGGUAAAUGUGCGUUUACGCUCCACUUCACCUGUUACACUCACAUGUUCUAAUUUGUGAGAUGCAUAAGCCUAGAGUAUACAAUAAUGGAGUGUCACAUACUUUUAACAGGUGGACUGCGAGCAUCAUUAAAACAUUUAUGAACGUUUUCCAAGGCAUGAUAGACAACAAGACAAGAGGACUACUUGCGGUCAGUGCAUCUGCUUUGUCUGUAUCUGUGUCUCUGUUUGCGCUCUACCUAAAGGACCGGACAUUAGUUCAGUACAGCACAGCAAAUCCAGAAGAGAGUCAGAGAGUUAUGGGUGAAAACAGGGUCAGGUUGUUCCCUCGUCUACUUGGGAUUUGAGUGCAUGUCUUUGUGUGUCCACAGGAGAACCAGAUGGUGAUCUUGGCCUACUUCCGGGUGAUGUACACUGUGGGCUACUCUCUGUCCCUGGCCAGCCUUUCCCUGGCCCUCAUCAUACUGCUCAUCUUCAGGUAAAUACUGGCUCUGACCACAGUCAUAAACAAUAUGUCAGGAUCUGACUCUGACUAUGAACUAAGGCAAUGGCUUCACUUCUAGUCCUCUGAUGUGAAUUAGGCAAAUGUUAAUCAUACAGAUGUAGGAUCUUAAUUUGAGCCUGUUUGCUACAGCAGGAAAAUAAUCCUGCAGCAACAGGAAAUGUUAAUUAUUAUGUGGAUUGUAAUUAAUGGAUAUUUUUUGUUCCCGCAAAUUCAGACAUUUUAAAGUGGAAAUUACAAACUUUAGAACCUUGAAUACACUACAAGUUUGCAUUUCCUGCUGUGCAGGAAAAUUCUCAGCAACAAGAGUGAUCAAAUUAAGAUCCUACGUCUGUAUAUGACAUAUACAUGAUGCUGGAAAGAAUUUUGUGAUACAGUAAUCUCAUUGUCAAGUAUUGUACCCUAGGAAACUAAGAUGCACCAGGAACUAUAUCCACACCAAUCUGUUUGCAUCCUUCAUCCUGCGAGCCAUAUCCAUCCUCACCAGAGAUGCUGUUCUCACCAGGGACACCCCCGAGUUCAGAGACAACAGAGAUGUGUCCAAUGUCCUCAGUGAUCAGGUCAGAACUAAAGGCUAUACACACUAAUGCAGGUUACAGAAACACAAAAACACAAACGUACAGUUUAAAGACUCAAUUCAUCACUCAUACUUUAGACAGCCAUCCUUGACCUCCUCCCCUGACCUUUGACCCCUGACCUUUGCCCCCAGGCUCUCUCUGGCUGCCGUGUGGCCCAGGUGCUGAUGCAGUACUGUGUGGGGGCUAACUACUACUGGCUGCUGGUGGAGGGCCUGUACCUACACAACCUCCUGGUGCUCAUGGUCUUCUCUGAGAACAGCUACUUCUGUGGAUACCUCUUCAUCGGCUGGGGUAGAUACACACACACACACACACACACUCUCUCACACACACACACACAGAUGAACACACAUGCAUGGUAAACAAUGUAAAUACUGUUUCCUGACAGUAAUGUAUGGGUUUAUGGCACUGUUUGUAGGAACCCCAGUGUUAUUUGUGGUCCCCUGGAUUAUAGUGCGGUACCUGUACGAAAACACACGGUGAGUCACUCUCAUUUCCAUUCAGUCUUAUUGCCUUAUCAUCUGUUACUAAAAACAGAAUUACAACUGAGAGAUUGUGACUCAUCUCCUCCCAGGUGCUGGGAGAUCAACGAGAACAUGGCGUACUGGUGGAUCAUCCGCACACCCAUCCUCCUGGCCAUUCUGGUGAGUGUGUGUUGACGUGUGUCCACUGUGCUGUGUGCCCUAAAGCAACGGGGGUCCAGGGGUGAGUCAUUCGUCAACCCCCCGCUCCUCUCCUCCGCCCUCUGCCCCCCACCCCCCCCCCCCCCCCCACUUCCCCUGCAGUCUUGUCUCUUUGAAGUUAGCGGACCGUGACAAGCCUGGGGAAAUUGUGUAAACGGGAAAGCUGAGUGAGCAUGUUUUGGUUCCGGAAUGGCCUGUACAUAAAAAUUAAUGAAUGACUCAUCAACCCAGAAGACAUAAAAUUAAUGUCACUCGGUUUCUUUUCUUUUCUUAGUAACACUUAGAAAUAAGGACCUAGACCUUGAAUAUUUAUGCUUAACAAGUUCUUGAAGCUUGAAUCCACCUUAUCUUAAGAGUGUUUAAUUAGUGUCUCUCAGUGAAACUGAGAAGAAGAGAAUAUCCUUUUUUUCUAUGGUAUUUUGCAUUAGAAGCAAACAUGCCAGAAGAGAUGAGGAUUCUCCUGUCACAGAUUACUUGUCAUUUGUCCCACAACUCUCGCGUUUCCCCUCAGGACAAAAUGCCUAACAUGGUUUGACAUUGUUAGUAAUGUUAGACAUAGACUGUGUUUUGUAACUCUGUUUUACUUUCCAUAUUGUAUUGAUGUGUAUAUCUUUGUAAUUACAAGGCUCAUCUGUAAAAGAGGCCUUGGUCUCAGCAUGACUCCCUGUCAAAAUAAAGGUUAAAUAAAUAAAUAGGAGUAAUUCACACAUAAUAUGGCGUGCAGUUGCACUCUUGUCACCUGGACUUUGCAGUUAAUACCCCUAACAUGCUGCAAUCUGACUUUGGAACUCAAACUUUCGCUUUUCACAUUUUUGUGGAAUUCUCACAUAUUCACCCUACUUCAACAGUAGCAGUUAUCCUUGUUUCCCUUUCUUAUAAAAUACUGAAAUGCCAGAGAACAGAACAGACCUAUUUGGAUACAUAUCCUUUUUAGAUGUCAGAUUCUUACAUUUUAUUUCUGAAAUUAAUAAAGCUAAUAUUGGGUGGUUUGAUGUUAAUUAUGUUUUAUUUAUUUAUUUUUUAUUCCAGAUCAACUUUUUCAUAUUUAUUCGGAUCAUACAGAUCCUUGUCUCCAAAUUAAAGGCACACCAAAUGAGGUACACCGAUUAUAAAUUCAGGUAAGAUACAGCACCUUCUAAUCCAUGAAUUAGAUCAAAGCAAACCAGAAUAAAAACACAAAACAAACACCGUGUUGUAUCUUAUAAAACUGAUUUAGUCAACUCAUUGCUUACACAUGUUUGUGUUUCUUGUCACAUAACUUUGUCUAUGUCAUACCUUGUUAAACACUGUUCAAUUCACGGAACAUUACCGUACCUUUGGCAAUAAUGUUGUCAACUAUCGUCCAGCAUGAACACACAAGGACUCUACUCUUGUGCGAGCCAGCAGACAUUAUGAUGACAUAACACUAUCCACACUAAAGAUAUUUGCUUCAAACUUAGUUGACAUCCAUUACCUCAAUAAUCCAUCACUAAGUUGACUUGCACUUCUACUAACCAUUUAUGGCAUGCAGAGGAAAGGGAGCUAUGGAAUUCUUUGAUGUUUCUGUGGUAUUGAAAGGGGCCUCCCAUCCUUUGAUUGUGAGCCGUGGUCCUUGGAGACGGCAUAGACUUUUUAGGAAACCAGCCACAUCCAAGAGACCAGUCGCAUGCCUAAUCCUCUGACCUAAGCCUGGCUUUGAGGCACACUGGAUAACAUGAGUCUGAUUGGAAUCUAAGCACAAUUCAAUUCUGAACCACCAAAGAGUCAUGGGAAGAGGAGGCCUUUCUGAUUUCCCAAGAUGCUUUGUUUGAAGCCGUUACUUAACAUCCCUGCUCUGAGUCCAGAUGUGGAACUUGUGGCUUUCCUUGUUUGGCUUUUAUGUGUUUGUGUGAAAAGUGAACCAUCCAUUGAUGUCAUUGAUGAAAGAGAUUCACCACAUAGGACCUCUCUAAUAGUUGCCCUUGCUUGACUCUGUAAAGGAUGCUCUGUGUGUGCAGGUUGGCUAAGUCAACUCUGACCCUCAUCCCUCUCCUGGGCAUCCAUGAGGUUGUCUUUGCCGUGAUGUCAGAAGAACAGACAGAGGGCAUCCUCCGAAAUAUCAACCUCUUCUUUGAACUUUUCUUCAACUCUUUCCAGGUAAUAUGAUGAGAUAAAAAGGUUAUGCAUUUGUCUAUAUGGGGGUGUGUUUGUGUGUUUGUGUGUUUGUGUGUGUGUGUGUGUGUGUGUGUGUGUGUGUGUGUGUGUGUGUGCGUGCGUGCGCGCGUGCAAGCGCGUGUGCUUGCAUGUGUCCUGUGCACGCAGGCAUUCUUGCUUGUUACUGCAUGUUCUUUCUCUCUGUGGUGCUUCUGUUAGGUGUGUCUUAGAUAUGGGAAGAUAGAGGUAAUCACUCUUCUUCUGAUACCUCUCUCUCUCUCGUCCCACAGGGUCUCCUGGUUGCCAUCCUGUACUGCUUCGUCAAUAAAGAGGUGAGUAACGAAGUGAAGUGUGCUCUCAACAAAGCCCAGGGCAAAACAAGUGCACUUGAACAUCAGUAGCAAACACCUGAGGUUAUGGCACAUUUGUUUCUGUUUGUUCCUAUGAGAAGCCUGUGCUUUCUGUGACCUGCUGGGUAUGUCACCCUGUCACUGUGGGUUAGCUGUCACACAGAGAAGCUUAAUACCUAAGUCCACAGGGCAACGGGAUGUCACUGAGGGGCCCAGCCAUGUGUAGAGUCAAGAAGUGUAUAGGCCACUGUGUGACAUGAAAGGUCCUAUGUAUCUCCUGUUGAGAUAUGGGCUAGUUGGUUGAGGUAGCCUACAUACAGUAGUGUUUCAAGAGAAUAAAGAUAUAAUUAGAUACAAUUUGUCUUGUGAAACGUUUUUCCUGGUCAGAUCAUAAGGUCAGAAAAAAACAAAUUACCUUCCCUCAUGCAUCCCUCUCUCCCUCUCCCAGGUGCAGUCAGAGAUAAAGAAGAAGUGGCAGCGAUGGAAGCUGGGCAUGACUGUCUUGGAUGACCUUCGCAACACCGGCAGCAACACGCCACAGGGGGGCACGGGCGGCGGGCAGUGCCACCACGACCCACCCUGCCAGCCUGACUGUCCACAUGAGGAUACCCACAACCUCUCCUCGGACGCCUCCGGCUCGGGGCAGCAUCCCCACCCGCACCCACACCACCACCCAGGGGCCAAGAAGGGCAAGGCCUACUGCUACAUUUCCGCCCGCAAGCAGGUGCUGAACGGCCUUGAUGGAGCUCCACUGGGCAACGGGGGCGGAGAGGGAGCCAUCAAAUACUCUGAGAGCUACUGCUGA